AUGGAAGACAAAACGUGCACACUUGCGACUAAAACUCGUAAUGGUGGUACGCUUAGAUACUCCAAAGAUGUUAAACUGCAUGCGAACGAUUUUGAGUGGGACGAAAAGGUAGCAGAGCUGACCAACGCUGAGCGAAGUCUUGUAGAGAAGUAUAUGAGCAAAUGUCUUGCAGAGUUAAGCCGUGUCGGAUCGUCGAGCUCGCUGGAGGAGGUACCUGUAAAGCCUUGGGAGACUCAUUUCUCCGCAUCUAAGUAUCAUUUUCCUCUCAAGAACUACAUUUUACACGCAUUCCCGCUACUGCGCACUGUGCUGAGCCGGCAAGACCAACCUGUUUGGCUUUUAGAGUGUGGGUGCGGAACUGGAAGCACCCUGCUUCCUAUAAUGAGUGAGUGCACAAACCCAAAUGUUAAUUUUGUAGGCUUCGAUAUCUCACCAUCCGCGCUCUCGCACUUCAAGAGCCAUGGGAUCGCAAAGGAUUAUCUUCAACGAGAUCAACUUAAACUUUUCACCUUGGCAAUUGGCUCCGCUGCCUAUGUGGCAGACGUGGACACUAUGGUACCAACUAUGAAGCGACCACGGACUGAUGAUGGUGUUAACCUUGUAGUAGACGCCCUUGCUGGUGCAGAUAAAUCACUUCGGGACCAGAAGUUCGAUGCAAUCUUUUUAAUUUUUGUGCUCUCUGCGCUGCCGACAGUUGAGAAGAUGGUCUCAGCUAUUAAACAGCUGAAGAGGGUUUUGAAGCCGGAUGGUAUUCUGCUUUUCAGAGAUUAUGCGCUACCUGAUCACAACUUUUUCCGGUUUUUGUCAAAAGUGGACAACAGGCUUGAAGAGAUCGCCUUUGUGAAAGGCGACUGUACAACGCAGGCUUUCUUUCACAGAGAGUUUGUAACGAAGUUGUUUGCUUCUUGUGGCUUUGUCACGGUGGACGAUGCGCCAUCAAGGCUAAUGUACCACUGCAAUCGCAUUGUGAACCGAAAAAAUGGGAAGAGAAUGGAUAAGAUUUUCAUCAACGGAACAUUCAAGUUUGCGUCGAGCAGCUAA